ACCGUACCAGACCAGACCUGCUCAGUGAGGAGCAGCAGAGGAAGUUUGUCCAGGAUGUCCAGUUGGCUCAGGCCCCAGAGGUGCUGCGACAGCUGGAAGACUUUAGGCAGAAGAGGAUGAUGGGUAUGACUCCUAACGCGGCAGAGCUGCUGGAGGUGGAGUCUCACUACCCCCACCGAUCGUAUCCCCAUGGAGAUGAAGGAGAAGGCCGUGGCAGAGACCCUGCUGGACAAAAUGUCUGAGAUCCACCCCUCCAUCGUGGCCGACGAGGAGAAAUGUUCGUCGAUCUUUGCAGCAGUGGCCUUCUACAUGAAGCACCUAGGAGUGAAGUCCAGGGUAGCUGAUAGUAAGAAGUCCAGAGGGUUCUUCAGGAGACCCCUUGGGAAGAAUAAGAAGAGUGAGGAGUCCACUAAAUCUAAACCGAAGGGGGGUUUUCCCAACAUCCUCAGCGCCGCCGGUGGCUGGAUUGCUGGCAGCACUGAGGUCAAACUUCCUAAAGUGGAGGCUGAAGUGGAUAAAGAGAAGGUGAAUCAGGAGCGUAAGGUUUCCAGCGGCCUCGCCCCCUCUCGAGGCUCCUCCGCCCCUGAUGCUGCUCCUCCAGCAUUAAACAGGAAGUCUGUUUCAACAGGAUCCUCCCCCCAUCAGGGUUUGGAGGUCAGCGAGGGCUCAGGGGUUCACAUCAGUGUGACCUCCAGCCCAGACUUCUCCCACAGCGAGAUGGGUCUGUUCAGCAGUCGUUCGGACCCCCAGUUGGUGGCGGAGGGUGGCGAGGUGUCCCCCGCGGGGAUGGCAGGGGGGCUGGCUAUAUGGGAGCCGCCCUCACCCAAUGAACCCCCCCUGGAGGAAAACCUGGACAAAGACAGACGCAAGACAAGGCGUGUGGGACGCAGUGAGAGUGCUCGCGUGGACAGACAUUCCUCCCGUCGGCGUGGCUCCUCCCGGGCCAAACAGUCGCGUUCCCGUAGCGACGUGGACCUGCAAGCCGCCGCCACGGCAGCACACUCCUCCCCGACCUCUCCCCAUCCCUCUGUUGAUGAAGGGGUGUUACUGCCCGAGGGUGUGCUCCCAGGUCUUUCCCUCUCUGGCCCCACCCCCCAGCAGGAGGAACAGGACCCUCGCCUCCUGGAGCUGGAGCAGGACCCGCCCAACUGGAGAGAACACACCCCCCCAGACACGCUCAAAGACCUCAGCAAGAAGGAGACCAAGCGGCAGGAGGUCAUCAACGAGUUGUUUGCGACGGAGCACGCCCACGUGCGCAUGCUGAGUGUUCUGCAGACAGUGUUCUGGAAGCCUCUGGAGAGAGAGGAACUCAUGACCGCCACAGAGCUGGCCACCAUCUUCCCCAGCCUGGAUGAGAUCAUAGACAUGCACUAUGCUUUCUACGAGCACCUGAAGAAGCUGCGUCAGCACAAUUUCAUCGUCAAGGCCAUCGGAACCACGUUACUCAAUAGGUUUGGAGGGACGGAGGGUGAGUGGUUUCAGAAGCUGACGUCUAGGUUCUGUAGUCACCAGACGUGGGCCCUGGAACAGCUGAAGAUGAGACAGAAGAAAGACCCUCGUUUCAACUCCUUCAUACUGGAGGCAGAGAGUAGGCCUCAGUGUCGUAGGCUGCAGCUGAAGGACAUCAUCCCCACUGAGAUGCAGAGGCUCACCAAAUACCCCCUACUGCUGGAAAACAUUGCCAAGUGCACAGAGGACACCUUGGAGAAGGAGAGUAUUCAGCAGAGUGCAGAGUGCUGUAGGAAGAUCCUCAACCACGUCAACGAGGAGGUCAAACAGAUGGAGAACCUGCUGACCCUGAAAGACUACCAGCGCAGGCUGGACACCUCAGGACUCAAACCCAGUAACGAGCUGUACCUGGAGUACAAGUACCUUGACCUGGCCCAGAGAAGGAUGAUCUAUGAGGGGCCUCUGACCUGGAGAGUGACCAAGGAGAAAACUUUAGAAGUGCAGUGUGUGUUGCUGGGGGAUCUGUUGGUGCUGUUACAGAAGCAGGAUGAUAAGAUGGUGCUGAAGUGUCAGAGUAAGAGUAACAUCGCUGUUCAGGAGGGCAAGCAGAUGCUCAGCCCUAUCAUCAAACUAGACUCUGCCUUCCUCCGAGAGGUGGCCACAGACCGUAAGGCUUUCUACGUGAUCUUCACCUGGGACAGCGGGGCUCAGAUCUACGAACUGGUGGCUCAAUCUGUCGGGGAGAGGAGGAACUGGACAGAUGUGAUCAAGAUGGCAGUAGAUGAGCUGAAGAAGACAGGACCUCCAUCUGACCUGAAGAGAGGAAACAGCAUCUUACCUGGAGGAAACCCAUACAGCCCCACCACGUUUCCUCAACCCCCUCUCAGCCCCACUGAAAAUGGAGGAGUCUUGUUGAAAAACAGCAUUGAACAAGAUAAGGACAUCCUGACGGAUGAGAUGAAGUCUGUGGACUCUCCUCAUUCUCUGAUUGAUUACCUCUCGGACAAAGGCUUCGACUUGAUUGGCCACAGCAACAGUGAUCAGGUGAAAGUGGCCAAUAGCGCGUUAAACGAAGUCAUGUCCCUCAAGAGGCUAUUGGUUGGCAGCAUCAGCCUAUCAGACAACUCACAGCCUGAUGAGGAGAAUGGAAGGGAGGAGCCAGAGAGACAGGACCAAGGACUACAAGGGGAGGAGGGUGGAGGGAUGAAGAUAGAGGAGGAAGGAGGGAUCAGUGCUCCUCUGGUUCUGUCCCAGGAGAGGAUGGAGGAGGUGUGCCGGAAACUGCAGAGUCUGGAGGUACAGCUGAAGAGACUGCAGGUGAGGAAGGAAGGAAGGAAGGAAGGAAGGGAGUUGUCGAGGAUUGAGUAAUGGGGUUGCAAAGGAUGACUGAAGCAUAAAAGGAGUGAGCCAAGGAGGACAGAUGGGGACAAACAGCAGCAUAGAAGAGAAAGAUAGAGAAAAUCACUUCACCAGGGCUUGUGCUGCUCUGCUGCUAUUGUCACUGAAAUGGCUAUGUGAAAUUGGAGUUCUGGGACAAUGGCCUUUGUCUGUAGCUAGCUGUGUGAUGUCACAAGGGCACCCACAAAAGGGAAAGAAGAUUAUGAAAGGAAGGGAUGGCGGAGACGGAGGGGUGAAGUGUGUGUGUGUGUGUGUGUGUGUGAUUCAGCAUUUAACUGUGUAUUAAUC